CGCAUGGUAACGGAGCUCGGCCGGAGCUGGGAACACGGCCGCCGCUGUCGUUUCCUCGCUCGCCUUCUCGCGGCCUCGCCAGCCCCGUGGUCAGUGGCAAGAUGAAGAUCGAGGAGGUGAAGAGCACCACGAAGACGCAGCGCAUCGCCUCGCACAGCCACGUGAAGGGGCUGGGGCUGGACGAAAGCGGCCUGGCCAAGCAGGCGGCCUCCGGGCUGGUGGGGCAGGAGAACGCCCGCGAGGCAUGUGGGGUGAUAGUAGAAUUAAUCAAAAGCAAGAAAAUGGCUGGGAGAGCUGUUUUGUUGGCAGGACCUCCUGGAACCGGCAAGACAGCCCUUGCCCUGGCUAUUGCUCAAGAGUUGGGUAGUAAAGUUCCCUUCUGUCCAAUGGUGGGAAGUGAAGUCUACUCUACAGAAAUUAAGAAGACAGAAGUUCUAAUGGAAAACUUCAGAAGAGCAAUUGGGCUGAGGAUAAAGGAGACCAAGGAAGUUUACGAAGGCGAAGUCACAGAAUUAACUCCCUGUGAGACUGAAAACCCUAUGGGUGGGUAUGGCAAAACCAUCAGCCAUGUCAUCAUCGGACUGAAAACAGCAAAAGGAACCAAACAGUUGAAACUGGACCCCAGCAUCUUUGAGAGUUUGCAGAAGGAGCGCGUGGAGGCUGGAGAUGUGAUCUACAUCGAAGCCAAUAGCGGGGCAGUGAAGAGGCAAGGCAGGUGUGAUACCUAUGCUACUGAGUUCGACCUUGAAGCGGAAGAAUACGUUCCCUUGCCAAAAGGCGAUGUGCACAAAAAAAAGGAAAUUAUUCAGGAUGUGACCCUCCAUGACUUGGAUGUUGCCAAUGCUAGGCCCCAGGGCGGGCAGGACAUCCUUUCCAUGAUGGGCCAGUUAAUGAAGCCAAAGAAGACCGAAAUCACAGACAAGCUGCGCGGGGAGAUAAACAAGGUGGUCAACAAGUACAUUGACCAGGGCAUUGCCGAGCUGGUCCCCGGAGUGCUGUUUGUGGAUGAGGUGCACAUGUUGGACAUCGAGUGCUUCACCUACCUGCACCGCGCCCUCGAGUCCUCCAUCGCCCCCAUCGUCAUCUUCGCUUCCAACCGCGGCAACUGCGUCAUCAGGGGUACGGAGGAUGUGAUCUCUCCUCAUGGAAUUCCCCUUGACCUUUUGGACCGAGUGAUGAUCAUCCGCACCAUGCUGUACACUCCCCAAGAAAUGAAACAGAUCAUAAAAAUCAGAGCCCAGACAGAAGGGAUAAACAUCAGUGAGGAAGCCCUGAACCACCUGGGAGAAAUUGGUACCAAGACAACAUUGAGGUACUCAGUGCAGCUCCUGACCCCCGCCAACCUGCUGGCCAAGAUCAACGGGAAGGACAGCAUCGAGAAGGAGCACGUGGAGGAGAUUAAUGAGCUCUUCUACGACGCCAAGUCUUCGGCCAAAAUCCUCGCCGAUCAGCAGGACAAAUACAUGAAGUAAGGUGCCGGCGCCGGCGAAGACUCUCCAGUUGGAGUGUGGCCGGCCUGUUGGAGACCCAGAGGUGGGGAGGGGGCGAUUUCUGGAGCAGAGAAACCUCCGGACUUGGCGUCUGCCUUCACCUAGUUACAUAGUUUUGUGUGAAAUGAUGACUUUUAGAUUAUCCUACUUUUUCCCAUAGUUGUUGUGUUUCAAAUCUCGUCUGGAAUGUCUGCUAAUAAAUAUUUUUAGUUUA